AUGCCUGCGAAGAUGCCCCUCAACUACCCCUCUGACUCGGAGGGGAUCGACUCUAGAAACGCCAACACCGACUCUGGCUAUGUCAGUGGCGGUUCCAGUGAUGACUACUUGCCUGAGAUUGUCUUCACCAAGCCUCACUUGCAGUUCCUCAACAGACAGUUGCAGUUCCUCGAGCCUCAAGAUGUCCUGAGAUGGUGUAUCACUUCGCUUCCUCAUCUCUUCCAGACCACUGCCUUUGGUCUCACAGGUCUCGUGACCCUUGACAUGCUGUCCAAGCUUGAUGUGCCCCGGCCACAGAUGGUGGAUCUCGUCUUCCUCGACACCCUCCACCACUUCCGUGAGACCUUGGACCUUGUUGACCGGGUCCGCAAGAGGUACCCUUUGAACAACGUUCAUGUCUACAAGCCUGCCGGUGUCGAGUCUGAGGAGGAAUUCGCCAAGAAGUACGGUGCCCGUCUCUGGGAAACCGACGACCAAUUCUACGACUGGGUCGCCAAGGUCGAGCCUGCCCAGCGUGCCUACCGGGAACUCAACGUCCAUGCCGUCCUCACUGGACGCCGCCGUAGCCAGGGUGGCAAGCGUGGUGACCUCGACGUCAUCGAGGUCGACGAAGCCGGCCUCAUCAAGAUUAACCCCUUGGCCAACUGGACCUUUGACCAAGUCAAGCAGUACGUCAAGGAAAACGAUGUGCCAUACAACGUGUUGUUGGACCGUGGCUACAAGAGCAUUGGCGACUACCACUCCACCCAGCCUGUCAAGGAGAACGAAGAUGAGCGAUCUGGUCGCUGGAAGGGUCAGGCCAAGACUGAGUGUGGAAUUCACAACCCUCGAUCGAAAUACGCCCAAUACCUCAUGGACUUGGAACGCAAGAGACAGGAGGAAGCCCUCACAUCUGCCUUGCAGAAUCAACUCACGACUGCUCAAUGA